AUGGUGCAGGUGCAAUGGCAACGCAACGAUCAACUACUGUUUCGCGCCCAAGUCGAUGGCACAAGGCGAGCGCAGCAGCGACGGGCGGAGCUGCAGGGCCGGGAACCUCCCUUACCGCCGGGCCACGGGGUCAUGGCUCCCGCUGCACAAUACUUCGAUAUUCCCCUAGUCGAGGAUGACGAUUUCUACUUUCUCGGUCAUCCUGGCGAUGUCGCCCCCUUCUGGGCCACCCCGAGGCCGGCGUAUUUCGAUGGUUUUGAGGCUGCAUGUCGGGAAGGACAGGUAGCAAGGCUGCAGCAUCUCACCUCUCAAUACUAUCUGACCCCUGCCGUGCUUCACCACGGCCUGACCCUAGCUCUCGCGGCCGGUAGCGUCGAUGCUGCGGGCAAAUUGCUCUCCUGCGGUGCGCCGAUCGCUAAAUUUACACCUGAGAAUAUCCUGUCUGCGCCGCAAGACAAACAGAUCGCCCUGUUCGACCUACUCGCCACGCAAGGCUGGACCCCGUCGUUCCAUCUCUUCAUGCGGACAUUCCCCAACACCGAUCUACUACGAUGGUUCCUGGCGCAUGGCAUCGAUCCCAACUAUGGCAUUAAACGAGACCGCCCCGGCCGCGCAGGAGGACCGAGCUAUGAGUGCGCAGACGCCCUAGAGGCUGCGGCAUCAAAGGGCAGUGCUGACGGCGUCGAGAUCUUAAUUGCGGCUGGGGCAAAGAUUGCUUACGGGGUGCCAUUGCAUCGCGCGGCGGGCGCCACUCCUCCUGAAUUCGACUUUAAUAGAAUGCACGCAUCCCAACCCAAGGACUUCGACGCCAGCCGCAUUGCCGCCAUGGAGGCACUCGUGAAACAUGGCGCGGACGUGAAUCAGAAAGAAGACACGCCUUAUGUGAGUCCGCUAUACCCAAUCCAAUACGCCGUCUCGGUCGGGGCGAUCCAGCGAGCACGUUGGCUGCUCGAUCACGGCGCAGAUCCAGAACUGAAAGGGCCAUACGGCAGUGCGGUGGACUAUGCGUUGAAGAUGGGAACAGAUGCGAUGAAGGAUCUGUUCCAGCCGUGGGCUCGCCCUCCAAGCCCUACAGUUCUAGCGUUACAGACUUGA